UCUGAAGGUGAUGGCUUUGUAAUGGAAGGUUUGAGAAUCGCUUCCUUUUAGGUGGUUGUAGAAUUGAACUGCUCUUUUCUGGAUUUGAUAAUUAGAGGGUAUCGGCCUAAUUCUCCUCUGCAUAUGCAUUUUUUGGUGUUUGACGUUGAACACAUUUGGUGUUUGUCCCAUUUUGUGAGUUCUUGGUUGGUGAGUGAAGGGCUAUGGGUUCUAUAACUGAUUCUCCCUCUCUCUACCCCCCUCUCUCUACCCGGAUCACCAAGCAUGUCACCGUCAUCGAGCGCAAGCAGGCCACCAUCAACGUUUACAACAAGAAGAUUGAGCAGCUCGUCGCCAGCACUGGGCACGAGGACCUGGGCCUGUUGGAGAUCCAGGCCAGUACUCUGACCAAGCAGCUGGAGGGGGUGGGAGGAGAGAUCAAGGAGCAGCAGCAGCUCUGGCUGCUAGUGAGACUGAGCCAGGAGAAACAGGCCCGGAUCGCCGCCCUGCUCACACUGCAGGCCCAAUUCACCAUCCUACAGCAGAGGAAAGUCUGCACCGAGACAAAGCGGAGGAGUGUGAGGGGGCCUCAGAGAGCUGCAGCACGGCCAGGCCAGUCUGAGCAGCAGUCUGCGGGACAAACAGCUGCAGCUGGGAGAGCUCCACAGAGCCAGAACUGUCCUCACCUCAGACUUCCACUGUCUGCAGGACACCAAGGAGAGGAACCUGGCCCAUCUGGUCUCCCUCCAGGGCCGGGCCAAGCAGCUCCAAGCGGUGCAUGAGGGUCGCUACAGCGCCCUGUCCACCGGCGAAGCCUUGGAGCCUGCGUUGCAGGAGGAGCGUCUGCACGCUGUGGCCACCAUCCUGCACCGUGUCCAGCAGGAGUUCCCCCAACACCAAGGGGCGCUACGACGCCUCUCCCUAGCCCUGGCCGCGUGCUUGCUGACACCGCUUGGUCAGGAGACCCACUGACUAUUACAUGACUGAAAACUCCCAUCAUAGGAUCACCCACGGAGUAGAUUGGAGAUAGAGAUCCAUUAUAGUUGUAGGAUUUUACUGCUCUAUGGUGUUUUAUGUUACUCUGACUGUUAGGAUUUGGGAGCUGGACUUGGGGUGGAAGCUCUCCUCCUGGUCUUGAUUGGGCAAUUUAGGUUUUCAGAAUAUUUCAAUUUAUUUUGUUUCAGUUCAUUUUCAGUUGCUAAAAUGAAGAGUUGAUUUAAUAUAUACACGGAUACAUCCUGCCAGCGUGUGAAAAUAAUAUUGUCCAUGGAUAAACUGAAGAUACACCUACAGUAUAUAAACAUUAAAGCCAACAUUUGA